AUGGAGGCACAGAAGCAGCCGGGUUUGACAACUGCACUUGCAGAUCAACCAGUUUCAACCUCGUCUCUUCAGGCUGCACAGAGUUCUUCAGGUCUCAGCCAAGACAGUGCGAUUCCUCGACAGGAACAAGCACUGCCCCAACCCGUGUACCUAAAAGCCCUCACCAUACCACUCUACCAACCCGUCCAGGCAGGAUGCUUUCAGCCAAGCAGUCAGUUAGUGACUGGCAGGAGCUGUAUAAAUCUCGACAGCAGCAGCAUACCUCUAAUCCUGAAUCCACUUCUUCCCUCAGAAGGCACAGAUCAGCCUCAGUCAGUUUUUCAGAAACAAGUUGGGCAAACUCUAACACUGAACAUAGUGAGCACUUUACCAGUUUUAUCAUCACCAAAUCCUUGUGUAAAUGCAUCUAUGGGAAGCCCAGGAAAGUCAAAAAAAGCUGGGAAAUACAUCUGCAAACACUGUGGACGAGAUUGUUUGAAGCCAAGUGUCCUUGAGAAACACAUUCGCUCUCACACAGGAGAGAGGCCCUUUCCAUGCACCACUUGCGGUAUUGCAUUUAAAACUCAAAGCAAUUUGUACAAACACAGAAGAACUCAAACACAUGUCAACAAUACCAGACUGCCCUCAGACUCUGACAACAGCGGCACAUUGGAGCAGAAUGACAAAUCCACAGAAAGCAGGACCCCAUGUGAAGGCAGCAAACUACUCAGUAACACCUGUGAAGACAAAGGGGUACAGACGAAACAACUGAGUUGGGAGCCCAGUGCUGCAACGGGCACUAAGAAACUUCUUAGUGACCUUCCAUUGCUGGCAACAGGUGAUACAUCAUUCACUGCAGAAAAUAAAGAAACAAUGAAUCAGUCCUUUAGUUCCAAAGGUAAUCAGGGGGUUCCUGAAAGAGAACCUCAACGUUUACCAUCUCCAGGAGCUUUGCCAAACGGUCAGUGCCAGAGAAAGAAGAUAGAGGAGCAAAGAACUCCACCUGCCAAUAAGCAUAUUCAGUUGCAAAGGCAGCAAGCAACCUCUUCAGAAAAACAGUGGGAUUACAAGCCAUUUGACUGCAAGCUAAAGAAGUGUGAGAGCACUGACUCAGGGUAUCUGUCACGCUCUGACAGCACAGAACAACAGAUGGCAUCAUCCAGCCCAUUGCACAGUCUCUGUGAACACAGCACAGAACAGGAAAAUGAAACUGCCUUCAGCAGCUCGAGGUGCACGUCCGGAAGCAGUGCAAAGCUGGAUGCAGCUGAGAAAGCUACAGCCUUGUCGCUAGAGAAAAAGAAGCUGGAAGAACACAUUUUAAAGCUUAUUUCUCAUAACAAAAGUGUGGUGGAUGAUACCCAGUUAGACAACGUUAGGCCUAGAAAAACUGUCCUUUCUAAACAGGGAAGCAUUGACCUGCCAAUGCCUUAUACAUACAAAGACUCUUUCCAUUUUGACAUCAGAACUUGCGAUGCAAAUAGGAAGAAGAAUCUUUCCCUUUGUUCAGCAAAAUCUACCUUUGCACCCUUAGAAAAAUGCAAGCCAAUGUUUUUUCAUUCAGUUCCCACCCAGUUCUCCACAACAAUAGAUACUGUGCCUGUUACACGAAGCAACUCUUUGCCAUUUGUGGAGGGCACAAGAAUGGUACAUGACAAAGCAGGUUGCUCAAAACCGCUUUCUCUUACUAAGCAGUCUGCAAACACAGGCCCUGUGAGUUUGCUGCCUAGCAACAAUCUCGCUGCAAAUUCAGUGGAUUUUCCUAAUAGCCAUCCCCGAGCUCUAGUCAGACAAACAGCAGUGGAUGACUUGCCAUUAAGUAAUGUGGUCGAUCAUCCCCCUCCUCCGUCAGAGGAGUUGCAAGGGAGUAAAAAGCUUGGGGCUGGAGAAGUAAUCAGUGCUAAAAAUAAGAAACACAAUCAAAGGAAGUUAAAGAUGUUCUCUCAAGAAAAAUGGCAAAUGUAUGGUGAUGAAACGUUCAAAAAAAUCUACCAAAAAAUGAAAAGCAGUCAAAAUGCCAAGAAAAUAAAACAAAGGGGGAAUAAGAUUACAGGUAUUACAAGCUUCACUCCUGAUUCAAAGGAAUCAAUCAGCAGUACUGAAAUUACUGAGGAAAACGAUGGCAGGAGCUCUGUACGUGACAGUCUUUCCUCCCUUGCAACAACAUGUUUAAGCAGUGAUAAAUCAGAAACCUCUGCUAAUGGUAAUCAUAUUCUACAGAAUGUGUCCUCCGAGGAACCUGCAGACAGUGUAACCUACCUAAUGGAGACAUCACAUUCAGUAAGUGCUGGUGCCCAGGCUGUAAUGAGCAAACCUUCCCGAGAUCUCAGGGGCAGUGACACAGACAGACACGCAGCGGGCAGCAGCACAUUACUAGCUCCAAGCAGUUGUGAGCUUCAAAACGCUCAGUGUCAGCUGGACACCAGCAGAAGGAAUGAUGACUGCUUACCAGUACAGAGCAGCAAAUGGGAAAAAACAAGCCCUGGGAAAGACUCCAGUCCGUUUGAAUCAGAUUGUAAAACCACUUCAAGCAAUUACGGAAACUAUAGCAGGAGUAAGGAAACUGGCCAGCAUGCCCUGAUGCCCCAGUGGGUCCUCUGCAACAACACAGAAGCCACAGGGAAACCACAGAAUUUACCAGAAAGAAAAAAGCUGAAAUUUGAAGUGGAGAAGACACAAAACAUUAUUUCAAAGUCCUCCCCUAGUCCCAGUAGUGAAAACAAUGCAGAAAAUGAAGGAGAGAGAGUCUCCUGCAGUAGCACUCAGUGCCUUCCCACAGCACCAGUGACAUUCUCCAGUAAAGCAGAGGAGCAAAAAUUAAGCACAGGAAUUAAUGAAUCCACUGGAGAUAGUGAGAAUGUGGAGUAUAUUAAAACAGUCAAACUCCCCACAAAAGCUGUUAAUUAUAGUGAUGUUAACCUUUCACAUUCAGCAGGUAUUUCAAAGAGUUCAUUUGUGGGUCUUUUAGUGCCUGAAUCAAGGGGAAGUGAUUGCAACUCCUUUGCUUUGCACAAUGCAACAGACAAAGAUGUCAAAACAUGUCUUCUGAAAACAGGAGUAAAAGUACCACUUUGCAGUGACAAUGAUGUUGAUGUGUCUUCUAAAAAUCAUCAUCUGCAAUCUGGUCAUUCAGCUCCAGCUCCACAGCAAAAUGCCUUUUCUCCAAAAUACAUUCUUAAACUGCCACAAGAGAAGAGAGCCUCAGACCUGUCACUUUUGCUUAGAUCAGAACAGAAGAUUAUGCCUUGCACAUGUGUGACAGACACCUUAACCUACCCCUCCUGCUCUCUCAACAGCCCAUCACUCAGUUCUCAUUCUAACAAUGUCUUCUGGUCCCCUUUAAAAUUUGAAGUGAGACAAAAAGCCAGCAGAGGAGAGCUGCGAUGGAACGUACAUGCAAACUGGAAAACUCCAGUGUUCUGUUCACCUGUCCAUUCAGAAACAACAAAUAUCUUAACCACAACAGAUAACACCUUUUAUAACCAAAACCUGAGGCAGCAGGGUGCUGUAAGAGAUGCUUGGAAAAACAAACAUAACAAAAAUAAAUCAAAUUACCAAAAGCAAACAGAAGAGAAGUGGGUGAGCAUAACUACUUCCUCUAAACAAACCCCAAAGAAGAAAAUAUGCUUUACUUCUAUGUAUACAAGUGGUUUUUUCAUAUCAGCUGACAUCAAAGAAGAGAGAAAGGUUUUACAUCAUCUUUGCUCAGGAAGUGACUCUUUGAUAAUACCGUCAGCCUCUGGCAAGGGCGCAGAGCCAGCAGCCACAGAGUGGGACAGGAGUGGAACUCCAUGUGUUCUUAAGGACAUUUCACCAGCGCUGCAGGUUACGCAGCGAGCUCACAGCUCAGCAGACAAUCCCUCCUAUUUCUGCCAUUCUUUUGGCACUUUUUAUUGCCACACUCUCACCACUCACUGUAAAGAAUUCGCAGCACUACCCCACAAUAAUGUGACUUGCUACUCUGGAAGUUUAACAGUGUCAAGCACAAAGAGCACCUUCCCAUCACUGAAUGCUGAACCUCGAUUAACUUGGUGUUGUUUAACAAGAAGCCUCCCUCUGCCUGCGGAGCAGAAGGGGAGCGCAGACUCUGCUUACUCCUCCAUGCACAGCUGUGACAAGGAGUCUAGCAACAAAUGCACACUGUCACAAUAUGAUAUUUCUAUUUUUAAAAUGAAAAAUAUUAGCAAGACCGUGGCAUAUGGCUUAACAAACAGGAGUUUAAAAACAUUGGUAUCAUCCUUUUCUAAAGGACAACAGAUGCAGGAGUUGAGCUCAGCAGCUCCUGGUGGUGCUUUCAAAAAUAUUUCAGACCAAAAGAAGAAAACAGUAGUUUGUAAAAAGGAAAAACUCUCAACAAAUAAACUCAAGAGGAGCCACAAACAGAAAAAGAUUAAAGUCACCCCAAAAUGGUACAGAGGAAGGCACAUACACAGAUCUGCUCAGUUGAAAAUGAACCGACAAAGCAAGCAGCAUUGUUUCUCAAAUAGAACAUUGGAUGCUUUGAGAAAGGGCUGUUCAUCCCAACCCUGUAAAUUUAAGUGUAAGAAGUACCAAUCUUCUCAGUCAAAGGUACAAGGACAUUACUUACACCAACCAAAAGAAACAUCUUGUUCCACCUCAGACAAGCCGCUUUGCAGAAAGAAAAAAGAAGGAAAGAUUAACUCAGGAAUAUCUGCCCAUACUGAAAAUCUAAACCAUGUUAGACAAAAAGAUAAAAUGGAUAAAAAAGACAUUUCUGGGCAAAUCAGGGAACGCACAAGAACAAACUUCUCUUUUCAGAACAUUCCAGCUCCUCUGGAAAUAUCUGUGACUGCUCAUUCCUUUUCGUCCACAGUUACUACAGCCAUGCAGCAGGUCAGCAGUGACGUGGAAAUCUGCUGUGUAGUGACACAACCACUUGUGGUUCAGCGACCAGUCCCAGGGGAGUCACAGCCAGAUGUUCAGGGUGACUCAAUGGCACCUUCUUUUUGGUCUUGCACUUCUGAUUUUACAAAUACAGGCACAGGUGACAGCACAAACUCAGAGACUCCUGGUCCUCUUUCCUUACACCUAGAAGCCAGCCAAGAAAACAUACUACAUGGAGAGUCAGAGAGUCAAAGAUUUGGUACGUUAGACCCGCUGACCCAGGCCUCGGGAAGGAAGAAACCUCCAGCUGAAGAGAACACAUGUCCAUCUCCAAAAGAAAACUCAACUCCCAGCUCCAAGCCUGGAUGUUCAAGUUUCUUCAGAUCAAAAGCAGAGUCCCUUCCUGAGGCGGCCUCGAGGGCUGAAUUACCUGGUACAGAACACCCAGAGAAGGCAAACUUUUCUCAAAGAAUCCUUAACCUUCCCGGGAGCGCAGCCAAGAACGGAACCCGGCUGCAGCCAGGCAGUGGUGGAAGGCCACAUGACACUGCUGCUACUGCCUUUAAAAAGCCCCCGGUUACUCUCAGGUCCCCUGAGUUCAAGACAUGCGCAGCAACACCUUCUAGGACAUACAAAAAGAGAGGUUUAGAGAUGAUGAGGAAGCAAACCAGAAUUGAGUAUGAUGACACUAGCAGUGAUGAUGAGGACAGGCUUGUUAUAGAGAUAUAG